AAGAAGAGGAGGAGGAAGGAGCAGCUGCUGAGGAGGAGGAGGAGGAGGAGGAGGGGCGGCGCUGCUGCUGCUGCUGCCGCCGCUGCUGCCAUGGCGGCCCUGGGGCGGCCCGUGCCCAGUCCCGAGGCUUUCCUGGGGCAGCCCUGGGCCGCCUGGGUGCGGGAAGCCGCCGCCCCCGCCCCCCACAGUGUUGACCUAGAAGACUCUGGGAAAGAGGGCGGCAGCAGCGGCCGAGAGGUGAUGAGGCUUAAUAAAGAAGAUAUGCACUUAUUUGGCCAUUAUCCAGCUCAUGAUGAUUUCUAUCUAGUUGUGUGCAAUACCUGCAAUCAGGUUAUCAAGCCACAGGUUUUCCAGUCCCACUGCGAACGAAGACACGGUUCAAUGUGCAAAUCUUCCUCAUCUCCAGCAUCUCCAGGACCCUGUAAUUCCAGGGCAUGCCUAAUACAGAUGAAGCCGAAAUCCUGCAUCAGUGGCCAUAACUCCGUAAACAACAACGCAAAGCCAUUCAAAACGCCCAAAGACAAUCUCAUUACCUCCAGUAGCAAACUGCAUAUGGUCUUUUCUUCAAAAGUCUCAAGAGAUAAACCUUGUGUUCCUGUUCCCGUAGUCAGCCUAGAGAAAAUUCCUAACCUAGUGAAGGCAGAUGGUGCCAACGUUAAAAUGAACUCGACGGCCGCUCCCUCCGUCGCCGCCUCCUCCGCCUCUUCGUCAUCCACCAUCCCUGCUCCAAUUAAGUCCGCGUUGACAUCCAAAUCGGUGCCGCCGUCGCCCGAAAAGAUUCUGAACGGCAAAGGCGUUCUACUGCCACCUGUAGACAAGAAGCACCAAAACGGCACUAAAAACAGUAACAAGUCUUACAAGAGGGUUUCAGAAAGAGAGUUUGACCCAAAUAAACAUUGCGGAGUAGUGGACCCCGAAACCAAGAAACCCUGCACGAGGUCCCUCACCUGCAAGACUCAUUCUCUUAACUAUCGGCGAGCAGUUUUAGGUCGCAAAAAGCAGUUUGACAUCCUUCUAGCGGAACACAAAGCUCGAUCUCGGGACAAAGAAGUGACGAAAGACAAGGAACACCCACAAUCCGUAAGGGAAACGCAUCAAAGCCAACCCACAUCAGCGCCAGAUGCUGCAACAGGAACAUCCGUGAACUCUGGGCAAGAACCUAAAGGAGCAUCACCUGCCAAAUCUAGACAGCUCAACUCAGUAUUUCCUAGGUCCUCCUCUUCAAACGGCAUAAACAACAGCACCUCUUCAAAUCACAGCGGGAACGUACCAGAAUUGCCUCUCCCAGCCCUGGGAGGAGACUUACUCUGCAGAUUAUCCAGCGAUGAAGGAGAAGGAGAAGGAACCGAAGAAGCAGAAAAAUUAGACUGCUCAUUUUCGGGGCACCAUCCUCGGCCGCUUGGGUUCUGUUCAUUUGGAAGUCACCUGAUGGGAAGAGGAUACUACGUAUUUGACAGGAGAUGGGAUCAUUUUCGGCUAGCACUAAAUUCUAUGGUAGAAAAACACUUAAACUCACAAAUGUGGAAGAAGAUCCCUCCUGCGGUGGAUAGCCCCAUGCCGUCUCCAGCAGCCCAUAUCAGCAGCCCCUUCCCGUCCUCGGUCCUCCAACCUUUCAGUAAUCCCACCUCGGCCUACAUUCCCUCCGCGCCCGUCAGCUCAAGAAUCCCUCCUUCGUACGUCAUGACAUCCGCCAUGUUAUCCAACGCCGCUUUGGCGACGGCGUCGGACACGAACUCCAUAACGUCCCACGCCACCGCCUUCCCGCACGUGGCGGCCAGCCUGAGCAUCGUCGACUCCACUUUUAAGAUGCCGUCUGCCCUGUCGCCGCUGCCGGCCGUCAUCCCUUCCCCGUCUCACAAGCCAUCCAAAACGAAAACCAGCAAAUCCUCCAAAGUCAGAGACCUGUUGUGUCGCGGCGACGAGCCUUCGAGUAACAAAAAGAGAAAGCUGCCGUCAUCUUCCUCCUCCUCCUCCUCGUUAUCUUUGCAGACUUCCUCCUCGUCCUCGUUUUCAGGGGCGCACAGGAAGAACUGCGUCUUGAACCCCAGCUCCACCCUCAAUUCUUACCAGGCGACAGCUUCCUAUAACAGCCUGUCUGUGCACAACGCAAACAACGGAACAAGCCCCUUCAGUGCCAAAUCAGAGCCCUCAGGACGGACUUCGCUCUCCGGUAGCGCGGCGGCGGACUCGGUGAAACAUAUGAGCAUCAUCGUGAACAGUAUUGACCCUUCCAGUUUCUCCGUCCCUUCCCUGGUGCACCCUUUGGCGGACCACUCCCUCGCCCCGCACAACGCGGUCUCUUCCCUGCCCCUUUGUUUCGACAAAUCGGAAGGGAAAAAACGCAAGAACUCAAGCGCUAGCAGCAAAGCCUGUAAAAUCACUAAAAUGCCUGGAAUGAAUAGUGUUCAUAAAAAGAGCACAGCCAAUCUCAUUUCUCCGGUGCCGGAUACGCCAAACAAUGCCAUCUCUCGACCGAUUGGGAAAAACAGUGGUGUAGCUUUGUCCCAGUCCAGUCCUUCAAGUACAUCAAAUCUAAUGCACAACAAACAAAAAACGUUAAAUCGGCCUGGUAGGAUAAGGACUCUUCCAUGAAUAAGGAGAAGAACCAUCUCUAUAUUUUUGCAGCCCUUCUCCAAGCCAGCUUAUUGGUUUCUGUGUCCUGCAGAUAUUUUUUCGUAAUUUUGUAUUAAAAUCGUUCCUUUUUUUUUCCCCCAUAAAAUUUGUAGUCAUGGUUUACUUUAAUUUCUUACAUGCGUUGGCCUCUGAUCUGUGCAAUCGGUCUUGAUUUUUUUUUUUAAUUAAUGCCUUCGGAAGGAAAUUUUCCUCUUUUCUUUUUUAAGUUAAUUGCAACAACGGGAGCAGUGGACAUUUCGAAAUAAUGCCAUUUGUGAUUUAAAAAAAAAAAAGAAUAGAUUGAGCAAAACUAUUAUAUCUUCAAUUUGCGGUAACUUCUGUAUCAAAUAUUGUCCUCGGGUUUAAAAGAAAAUGUCCAUCCAUUUUGCUGACAUAAUGGCUACAAGUUUCAGUGUUUCUAGAUUCUUUCCACACACUGAAGGGUUAAUGCAUCUAGCUAUUGCCACUAUUAACAGGAAUAUUGUGUGAUCAUUUCCUCAUGCUUAGUUGAAGGGGCCAAGAAAAGGACUGCAGUCCUUGGUGAAAGACAGAAGUUGGACAUAACUGAAUUUGCAUCAGUAGAAUUGCACUGACAAUGUUUUUACAGGAAUUACUGAUUUUUUAAAAAAACAACAACAAAAGAUUUUUUUGUAAUCAGGAAACCAAUUAUACUAAGGUACUUACAAAAUUACUACAAAGGAAAUAACUUUUUCUUUCUACAGAAUUAAAAGUGCACUUAAAUGCCGGUUUAUUUACAUCUUGGGGAGAAAUGAAAACAAAUGCAAAUAGAUUUAUUAGCUUCUUUCCUUUUAAAGUAAAGGCUUACGGCAGAUUUUAAAACAUAGGAAAAAAAUGUUUAAUAACAGUAAACAAGGCUAGGCCUCUUUUGGGGGAAAUUAGAAAAUAUUCUCCAAAUAAUUUUUAUAAUGUUAUUGUAAUUUAUGUUUUUCUUAUACUUGGGAAGUGACAAGAGUAGUUUCAUGAACGAUGUGAAACUAAGAAAAUAUAAGCAAUGGUUGUAUUUUUCAUGUAUUUUGAGUUACGUUUUAUUGUACAUUCUUCAGAUUGGGGAAAAAAAUAUGUACAUAUCUUUAUUUUUGCACAAUUUUUUUGUCAUUGGUUGUAGGAACAGAGCCUUGUUUUUUAAAAACUAAUUUAUUUUGUGUUGUAUAGCUGCAGGAGUUAUCAGAUUUCAGUAGCAAAACAAUGCUCCGAUGAUCGAACUGCUGAUCUAUAUUUUUGAGGGGGAGGGGGGAGAAAAGAUACGAUGCAUAUGAAUUUUGAGUGGCUGCUGAAGGAACAAUUUAAUAAUGUCAAGACUUCCUUAGCUUAACAUGCAUCUAUUCUGUAGAAAGCUGGAUAUUUGUGGGUGUUUUGGAAUAACAUUCGUUUUAACGUUUCAUUUUCCGUGACUUAGAUCUCACAGAAUUUUGGAAACCUAAGUAUCAAAUACAACCCUCCACAUUUUGUCCCUUCACGUUUUUAUUUUUAAAAGUUCAUUUAGUUUAUAUAUACUAAAAUGGUAUAUAUAAUGCGGUUUUAAAAAUGGAAAGGACCAAUACAAGGACCAGCCUGUAUUGUAGUGUAGCAUUUGUUGAACUGGGUUUUUUCCCCCCGUCCUUUCCAAGCAUUUUCCAUUCUACACACCCAGCUUUCCAGAAAACGUGAUUUCCAGCAAUAGAGGCACAGAAGCUUUGGUCGUUAACACAUAACGCAAUGCAUAGGCCCCGUCAGCCAUAUUUUAAAAAAAUUAAAUUAAAUUAAAAAAGCAAACUUGGGUAACUUUGUAUGCCUUCUUUUGUAUCGAUGUUAACAAUUGUACAUAGUGCUGAUCAACCUUUGUAGAGAAUAGUUUAUACAGCAUAUUCUAUUAUUGCCGAUUCUCAGUGAACUCUUGUUUAAAAAAAAAAAAGAAGAAAAUUUUUUCUA